AUGAAAAGGCAAAAUCAAAGCUCUGUGGUUGAAUUCAUCCUCUUGGGCUUUUCUAACUUUCCUGAACUCCAAGAGCAGCUCUUUGGGGUUUUCUUGGUUGUUUACCUUGGGACUCUGAUGGGAAAUGCCAUCAUUAUAGUCAUCAUCUCCCUGGAACAGAGCCUCCACGUUCCCAUGUACCUGUUCCUGCAGAACCUGUCUGUGGUGGAUGUGAGUUUCAGUGCAGUCAUUAUGCCUGAAAUGCUGGUGGUCCUCUCCACUGAAAAAACGUUAAUUACUUUUGCAGAAUGUUUUGCACAGAUGUAUUUUCUUCUUCUUUUUGGUGGGACUGAAUGUUUUCUCCUGGGGGCGAUGGCUUAUGACCGAUUUGCUGCAAUCUGCCAUCCCCUGAGCUACCCAAUGAUUAUGAACAAAAGGGUUUUCAUGAAGCAAAAGGCCUUUUCCACCUGUGCCUCCCAUCUCACGUCUGUGACCCUCUUCUAUGGCACAGCCAAUAUGACUUAUAUCCAACCCAAAUCUGGCUACUCCCCAGAAACAAAGAAGGUGAUGUCAUUGUCUUACUCACUUCUUACACCUCUGUUGAAUCCACUGAUCUACAGCUUGAGAAACAGUGAGAUGAAAAGAGCUUUGAUGAAAUUGUGGCGAAGAAAGGUGAAUUCACACAUAUUCUGA